UCAAUGUGCUUUUAAAAUGCUAGUCGUAAGAGUCCUAUGGGCUUUUCUUUGGAUCCUUCCCAAGGCCCUGGGAAAGGACUUCUGUGCGGGGCAAUCGUUUGGAUCCAGAGCAGUCGACUCCGAAGAUCCCCAAUCGUAUUACCUCUGCCUUGGUUUUAUUGGCCCUAUAAAAAAUACCUGCAAGAAUGGAUAUUUGUUCGAUGCUCAAUCGCAGGGAUGUGUGAUUAUGAACAAUGCAACACAAUCAAUAAAAAAAUCAAAUGAUCAUAAGAAGGAAGUAACCAUCAAGCAAAACAUCAGCGUGGACAGACCCCUUAUAUUCAACAUUUUCGGAAACUUCAAUUUCUUCGCCAGUUUGUGGGGCAACUCUCAUGAGACGACACCUUCGCCCUUGAAACCCAACCCAAUUGCCCAUUUCCAAUUUAUAAACAGUGCCGUUGGAAUUGAACCUUUGUCGCAGGAUAAUCUGGCUGAUAAGGAUAAGAAGGAUAUUAUAUCCAGCUCUUCGGAUUCAUCCCCAACUGAAGAUGCAACAUAUAGUUCGACACAGGUAUCCUCCACACAAGUGCCGGAAGAUGCUUCAUCGGCUGAAUCUAUACAAGAAAGUACAACACAAGGAAGUCGUUCAAGCACAGAUAUUUCUCUGUCUACAGAAGCAUCCUUAGAUGAUAUAAUAUUAAGCUCUGAAAGUAUCGUGCCUACGGAAUCAUCAACAACCAUUAUUUCAAGUUCGACGGAAGGUAGUUGGGAAAGUCACAUUUCCACAGAUUCUUCGAUAGGAUCAAAAGUUGAGUCCUUGUUAAUAGAAGCUUUAUAUAGUUUGAUUCAAGAAAGUAGCUCAAGCUCGGAAAGUCCUGUGUCCAACGAACCAUCUACAGGAGCGACAGAUGAUUCUUCGUCAACAGAAUCCCUACCAGAUAGUACCCAAGAAAGUAGCUCAAGCUCAGAAAGCCCUGUUUCUUUUGAAUUAUCUACAGAAGCGACAAAUGAGUCAUCAUCCUCAGAAUCUUUACCAAAUAGUUCGACUCAGGAUAGUAGCUCAAGCACUGAAACUUCUUUCCAAACAGAAUCAACUACAGAUGCGACAGAUGAAUCUUCUUCAACAGAAUCUCAACCAGAUAGUACGACCCAAGAAAGUAGCUCAAGCACUGAAGGUCCCUUGUCUACUGAAUCAUCAACAGCAGUAACAGAUCAGUCUUCGUCGACAGAAUCGUCUCAAGAUAGUACGACCCAAGAAAGUAGCUCUAGCACUGAAGGUCCUUUGUCUACUGAAUCUUCUACAGAAGCUACUAAUGAGUCUUCUUCUACAGAAUCUUCACAAGAUAGUACGACCCAAGAAAGUAGCUCUAGCACUGAAGGUCCUUUGUCUACUGAAUCGUCUACAGAAGCUACUAAUGAGUCUUCUUCUACAGAAUCUUCACAAGAUAGUACGACCCAAGAAAGUAGCUCUAGCACUGAAGGUCCUUUGUCUACUGAAUCGUCUACAGAAGCUACUAAUGAGUCUUCUUCUACAGAAUCUUCACAAGAUAGUACGACCCAAGAAAGUAGCUCUAGCUCUGAAGGUCCUUUGUCUACUGAAUCGUCUACAGAAGCUACUAAUGAAUCUUCUUCGACGGAAUCUUCACAAGAUAGUACGACCCAAGAAAGUAGCUCAAGCACGGAAAGCCCUUUGUCUACUGAGCCAUCUACCGAAGCUAAUGAGUCUUCUUCUACAGAAUCUUCACAAGAUAGUACGACCCAAGAAAGUAGCUCUAGCACUGAAGAUCCUUUGUCUACUGAAUCGUCUACAGAAGCUACUAAUGAGUCUUCUUCGACGGAAUCUUCACAAGAUAGUACGACCCAAGAGAGUAGCUCUAGCACUGAAGGUCCUUUGUCUACUGAAUCGUCUACAGAAGGUUCUAAUGAGUCUUCUUCUACAGAAUCUUCUCAAGAUAGUACGACCCAAAAAAGUAGCUCAAGCACGGAAAGCCCUUUGUCUACUGAGCCUUCUACCGAAGCUAAUGAGUCUUCUUCUACAGAAUCUUCACAAGAUAGUACGACCCAAGAAAGUAGCUCUAGCACUGAAGGUCCUUUGUCUACUGAGCCAUCUACCGAAGCUAAUGAGUCUUCUUCUACAGAAUCUUCACAAGAUAGUACGACCCAAGAAAGUAGCUCUAGCUCUGAAGGUCCUUUGUCUACUGAAUCGUCUACCGAAGCUAAUGAGUCUUCUUCUACAGAAUCUUCACAAGAUAGUACGACCCAAGAAAGUAGCUCAAGCACGGAAAGCCCUUUGUCUACUGAGCCAUCUACCGAAGCUAAUGAGUCUUCUUCUACAGAAUCUUCACAAGAUAGUACGACCCAAGAAAGUAGCUCUAGCACUGAAGGUCCUUUGUCUACUGAGCCAUCUACCGAAGCUAAUGAGUCUUCUUCUACAGAAUCUUCACAAGAUAGUACGACCCAAGAAAGUAGCUCUAGCUCUGAAGGUCCUUUGUCUACUGAAUCGUCUACCGAAGCUAAUGAGUCUUCUUCUACAGAAUCUUCACAAGAUAGUACGACCCAAGAAAGUAGCUCUAGCACUGAAGAUCCUUUGUCUACUGAAUCGUCUACAGAAGCUACUUAUGAGUCUUCUUCGACGGAAUCUUCACAAGAUAGUACGACCCAAGAGAGUAGCUCUAGCACUGAAGGUCCUUUGUCUACUGAAUCGUCUACAGAAGGUUCUAAUGAGUCUUCUUCUACAGAAUCUUCUCAAGAUAGUACGACCCAAGAAAGUAGCUCAAGCACGGAAAGCCCUUUGUCUACUGAGCCAUCUACCGAAGCUAAUGAGUCUUCUUCUACAGAAUCUUCACAAGAUAGUACGACCCAAGAAAGUAGCUCUAGCACUGAAGGUCCCUUGUCUACUGAAUCAUCCACAGAAGCUAAUGAGUCUUCUUCUACAGAAUCUUCACAAGAUAGUACGACCCAAGAGAGUAGCUCUAGCACUGAAGGUCCUUUGUCUACUGAAUCGUCUACAGAAGGUUCUAAUGAGUCUUCUUCUACAGAAUCUUCUCAAGAUAGUACGACCCAAGAAAGUAGCUCAAGCACGGAAAGCCCUUUGUCUACUGAGCCAUCUACAGAAGCUAAUGAGUCUUCUUCUACAGAAUCUUCACAAGAUAGUACGACCCAAGAGAGUAGCUCUAGCACUGAAGGUCCUUUGUCUACUGAAUCGUCUACAGAAGCUUCUAAUGAGUCUUCUUCUACAGAAUCUUCACAAGAUAGUACGACCCAAGAAAGUAGCUCUAGCACUGAAGGUCCUUUGUCUACCGAAUCAUCUACAGAAGUGACACAGGAGCCAUCGCCAACAGAGUCUUUACCAAAUAGUUCAACGCAAGGAACUCCAUGUACCACCGAUAAUCCGUCAAGUUUAGAACCUUCGCCUAGUACCCCAGGAAAUGAUGACGACUCCGGAAACAGUGGGUCUGAGAAUGGAAACUCCUCCACAAGUGGAUCUCCAUGUACCACCGAUAAUCCCUCUGACCCAGAAUCUUCGUCAAGUACCCCAGGAAAUGAUGACGACUCCGGAAACAGUGGGUCUGAGAAUGGAAACUCCUCCACAAGUGGAUCUCCAUGUACCACCGAUAAUCCCUCUGACCCAGAAUCUUCGUCAAGUACCCCAGGAAAUGAUGACGACUCCGGAAACAGUGGGUCUGAAAGCGGAAUCACUUCCACUACUGGAGCUCCGUAUACGACCGAUAAUCCCGCAAGCCAAGAGCCCUCGCCAAGUGCCCCGGAAAAUCCUGGCGAUUCCGGAAACAGUUCAUCAGAAUCUCCUCCUGAAGGCGCGACACCAUGUACGCCCAAUGCACCAAAAAAGAGUACCACAAGUUCUUAUACCGCCCAUCCGACUCCAAAAUAUACAACCGAGGGAAAUAAAGCUGAAACCUCAACUUUAAAAUCACCAACUGGAACGACACCUGGUCAUCAAGAAGAUCGAACUGACUGCAGCAACAUGCCGAAUGGAAUCUUUCUUCGGGACUUCCAGUCGUGCAAUAAAUAUUAUGUGUGUCUAAAUGGCAAAGCAAUUGCCGGCCACUGUCCCAGAAAUCUGCACUUCGACAUUAAGAGGAAGGUCUGUAAUUUUCCCAGUCUAGUGGAUUGCCCACUCGAUGAGGCCCCAGAAAAUGUAACGAAAAAACCCUCGGACACCGAAUCGACUCCUGACUGUAAGUCCUUGCGAAAUGGUGCCUAUGUUAGAGAUCCAAAGUCGUGCAGCAGGUUUUAUGUUUGUGCCAAUGGACGGGCUAUACCUCGACAGUGUCCCCAGGGCCUACAUUUUGACAUAAAAUCCAACUUUUGUAACUACCCAAUCUUGGUACAGUGCUCCUUGGAGGAAUCUCAGGCUGAUGCACACGGAGCAUUACUGGCGGAGGGAGUACCCGAUUGCACCAAAGUGAAAGAGGAUACACGAUUUGGAGACGUCAAGCAGCAUAACAAGUAUUAUGUUUGCUUGAAGGGAAAAGCGGUUUUGCAUUACUGCAGUCCGGGAAAUUGGUUCGACCUUCGCAGCCAGAAAUGCAUUGACCAGCGGCUGGCUAAGGUGACCUAAGCACUCGUUACAUAUUAGAGGCAUUAUCCAUAAUCUAGGCUUAGAAAUGUGGUGAAAGGGUUUUGAAUAUAAGUAUGUAUACAAUGGGUUGAUGGGUAGAAUUACUAGCAUUAUACUAUUUUAGAGUGGUUACUGACACAAAAGUUACAAGCAGACUCUAAUACGACCUAGCCAGUUGAAGUGUUCAAUAAAUAACUCUAUCUGUCUGGGAUAUACAAAACGAAUAAAGUACAUGUAAACU